AUGGCCACCGAUGACUGUUCGAGUACGGGCAGCCGUUCAGAACCUGACAGUGUUCCGAUUGCGCAAACGUCACCGCAUCCUGUGGCGCACGACGAGGAUGAAGAACUUCUCGACGUCGAGGAUUGCUCCUCCGACGCCGAAUCCUAUUUCCAACCCAAAAGGGCUCGGGUAGCCGAAGCCGUACGCUCGACGUCGGCGGAACCCGCAGUAGCGCCCGCCCUGCACCAACAGCCCAAACCCUUGACCUCGUUCUUCAUCAAAGAUAUACUGAACCACAAUAAACAGGCAGCUGCCGCCGCGGCCGCGGCAGCGGCGGCGGCAGCGGCUGCUGCAGCUGCUCAAAGAGCUGCACAACAGGCUGCUGCCAUGAGUUCGUUAGCUGCAAUCGUGAGACCGUGGGAUUCACCGAACGGUACGCCUCCCCCUCCUCCUAGACGUCCUCGGUCGACGGACGAAGACUCGAUCUCAGAAAGUGAUUCACCUGAAAGUCCGGCUUCGACGGCUGCGGCGGCACUCUUGCACCGUCGACACCAAGCAGCAAUCGCAGCUGCUGCAGCUGCCGCAAGACGUCAAGCGGCAGCGGCGGGUGGUGAUCCCCAGGCCGACAGUUCACCGUUGGAUGCUUUAUUCGAGAUGACGUCAAAAACCUUCGAGACCCUCGAGCACGCGGACAGGGCUGCUCUAGGUAAGUUCUCUCCGUCAAGUUCAUCGUCUCCCGCUUCGUUCAACUCCGAAAACCAAAACCACGAUGUCGAUGUUCUGAGCCAUUUCGAAGAAGGAGUCCGGGACCCGAACGGAAUGUACGGAAGCAGAUCAUCUCAACCGAAGAAGAAGCGAAAGUCCCGAACUGCGUUUACGAAUCAUCAGAUAUUCGAGUUGGAAAAACGGUUCCUCUACCAGAAGUAUUUGUCGCCAGCGGAUCGAGACGAAAUCGCGCUUUCGCUAGGCUUGACAAACGCUCAGGUUAUCACGUGGUUCCAGAAUAGGCGCGCCAAGCUGAAGAGGGACAUGGAGGAGCUGAAGAAAGACAUGGAUGCGGCGAAGAUGCACUCUCUGCAUAAAAGCCUCCUCGAGAACAUUCAAGAAAUGGGCUGCAAUUUCAGUAAGGAGGCCCUCCACCAGGCAGCAGCAGUUGCCUCGGCAGUGGCACAAGCGCAGGCCCAAGCUGCGCAACAACACGGGCACCCGGCGUCCCCCGCACUCGUGGGGGGACAUCUGCAGGUGCCCGGCGCAGUUCCGGUUUCCCUUCGAGCAGCUGCGGUCGCGGCAGCAGCAGCCGAAGCGGAUCAGAGAGCCGUCAAUUCACCGCACUCCCUACACGACGUAAAAGUCAAAGUCAGCCAGUCUCCUCCCCGACCCUAG